AAUGACCGGUGCGAUCUGCGACCAAACGUUAGUAAUAAUGUGCCGUCUGUAGUGUGUUAGUAACUACUUUUACAGCAUGAGUUCAGAAUCGGUUAUUCUGUUGGAGACUGUCAACUUCGCUGCUGAAAAGCACCGCAAUCAACGACGUAAAGACGCGGAACAAACACCAUAUAUCAACCACCCAAUAGGAGUGGCAAGGAUCCUGAGCCAUGAAGGUGGGAUCACAGACAUUGAAGUUUUGCAAGCAGCUUUGCUCCAUGACACAGUGGAGGACACUGACACCAGCAUAGGAGAGCUACAGGCCAUCUUUGGGCAAACGGUGGCUCGAAUCGUUCAGGAAGUGACAGACAACAAGGCGCUACCCAAGCAGGAGAGGAAGCGUCAGCAGGUGGCGCAUGCGCCUCACUCCAGCCACCAGGCCAAACUGGUCAAACUGGCUGACAAACUGUACAACCUGAGGGACCUGAACCGCUGCACACCCACAGGUUGGUCGGCAGAGCGUGUUCAGGAGUACUUUGUGUGGUCAGCCCAGGUAGUGAGAGGACUGAGGGGGACCAACCCAGCACUGGAGAGACACCUAGAGGAGCUCUUCAAGCAGAGGGGGGUUGAGCUUUGACACCUCUCUACUUCUGACACAGGGUGGCACAACAGAGCAACUCUCAAUGCACACUUUUGUAAAGAGUUCAUGUGAAAAAAAAUUGUCUUCAUAUUAGGAGCCUUCUCCAUCGAAUAAACUCUUAGCUCUCAUAA